AUGUCCAGAAUUCUGUCCACUCGGGUCUGGCGUGCCGCCUCCAGACUCCACUUGGCAAGCUCCGCCCACUUUACUCCAGUUACGACAAGCCACGCCCCACAGAAGAGAUGGAUGGCUUCGGAACCGCAGAGACACGAAUUUCAGGCGGAGACGAAGAAUUUGAUGGAUAUUGUGGCAAAAUCGUUGUAUUCGCAUAGUGAGGUAUUCGUCCGUGAGCUCAUCUCCAAUGCUUCGGAUGCUCUCGAGAAACGGAGAUACGCAGAAUUGAAGGGAGACGUGGCCGAAGGGCCAAGUGAAAUCAGAAUUACGACGGAUAAAGAGAAGCGAAUGAUCACUUUUGAGGAUACUGGAAUCGGAAUGAAUCGAGAUGAUCUCGUCAAGUUUUUGGGCACAAUUGCAAAGAGUGGAUCCAAGGAUUUCAUCGAAAAUAACAAAGAGAACGCGGAAGCGGUGAUCGGUCAAUUCGGAGUUGGUUUCUAUUCUGCGUUCAUGGUCGCCGACUCGGUUGUCGUAACCACUCGAAAAGUGGGUUCCAAAUCAGAAGAGGGUCUCCAAUGGACAUGGAAUGGAGAUAACUCAUAUGAGAUUGCUGAAACCGACGGUCUCCCGACUGGAACUCGAAUCGAGAUUCGUCUGAAAGUCGGCGAUUCUGCCACGUAUUCAGAAGAGGAUCGAAUCAAGGAGGUCAUCAACAAAUACUCGUAUUUCGUUUCGAGUCCGAUUCUGGUCAACGGAGAGAGAGUGAACAAUUUGAAUGCGAUUUGGACGAUGCAGGCGAGAGAAGUCAACAAGGAGAUGCAUGAGACUUUCUUUAAACAACUCGUGAAGACACAAGGAAAGCAAGAGAUGUUCAGCAGACCACAGUAUACUAUUCACUUCCAGACGGACACACCAGUAUCCCUGCGUUCAGUCAUCUACAUUCCACAGUCUCAAUUCAAUCAACUCAAUUUUAUGGCUCAACAGACAAUGUGUGGUCUCUCACUGUAUGCGAGACGAGUUCUCAUCAAACCAGAUGCUCAGGAGUUGAUUCCAAAUUAUCUUCGCUUCGUGAUCGGUGUCGUGGAUUCAGAAGACAUUCCACUGAAUCUCUCGCGUGAAAUGCUCCAGAAUAAUCCAGUUCUCCGAAAACUCCGUAAAAUUAUCACAGAUAAAAUUCUCGGCUCACUCCAAUCGGAAAUGAAGAAGGAUCCAGUGAAAUAUUCGGAAUUCUUCAAGAAUUACUCGAUUUAUUUCAAAGAAGGCGUCGUCACUGAACAGGAUCAGACGAUCAAAGAAGACGUCGCAAAGCUUCUGUUAUUCGAGUCAUCUUCGAAGAAAGCCAACGAAUUGACGAGUCUUGGAGACUAUGUGAAGAGAAUGCAGGAGGGACAGAACCAGAUUUAUUAUAUGUAUGCUAAUAACCGCCAACUCGCCGAAUCAUCUCCCUACUAUGAAGUGAUUAAAUCUCAGAAUAAGGAAGUGUUAUUCUUGUAUGAUCCAGCUGAUGAGGUUGUAUUCCUCGGUUUGGGACAAUUCGCAAUGAAACAAUUAGUCCCAGUGGAGAAAUGGGCACAGGAAGAGGCGGAGAAGAACGGAUCGGAUGAUAAGAAGGAUACAAAAGACUUCCGUGAUAAUGAGAAGAAGGAAUUGCUCGAUUGGAUGAAGGAGACACUCGGAAGUGUUCGUGUCGCUGAAAUUUCAGGCAACCACCGACCAAGUGAGCAUCCAGUCAUGGUGACCGUCCUCGACAUGGGUGCCGCCCGUCACUUCCUCCGUACUGGCGAAAUUAAAGAUAUGGAGCAUUUGGUGUAUUUCAAGCCACAUGUUCACGUGAAUUUGACUCAUCCACUCGUCAAAGCGAUGUAUAAAAUGAGAAAGACCGAUAAGGAAACGGCGGCGAUUUUAGCUGAACAGAUUUACGACAACGCAUUGAUCACUGCUGGUCUCAUUAAGGAUACGAGUCGAAUGGUCGGAAGAUUGAAUAAAUUAUUGACGUCUCUGGCUGGAAAUAAGGGAACUUCCACCAUUUUGACACCAUAA